AUGGCUCCAGGCAGCAGAAUCUACCUCACCCGCCACGCGCAGGCCGAGCACAAUGUGGACUUGGACUAUAGCAUCCUCGACGCCCCCCUCACACCCCUAGGCAGAAAACAAGCCUCCUCCCUCUCCCGCCUGCUACCCCCGUCAAUCCAAUCCCGCAUCGACCUCCUCGUCUCCUCGCCCCUCUCGCGAACCCUCCAGACCACGCUGCUCGGCUACGAACCCGUCAUCUCUCGUCUCGGCGGCCGUGGCGCCGUGGUGUGUCUGCCCGAAGCGCAGGAAUGCAACGAUUUCCCCUGCGACACCGGACGUCCGCGCUCUGAACUCGAGCAGAUACCUGAGUUCAAGGGAUUUAAUUUUGAGAAGUUGACGGACGAUUGGACGGGUAAACAGGGCUUUUACGCCCCAGACCCGGGGAGCAUCGCCGCGCGCGCGAGGAAGGUGCGGCAGUUUCUUUACGAGAGGCCGGAGAAGGAGAUCGUGCUGGUAGCGCAUGGGGAUAUUCUGAGGCAGAUUACGGCGACGGCGGAGGCGGGGCCGGGGGUGUAUAUGUGGCGGAAUGCGGAGAUGAGGGUUCAUCGGUUUGAGGACGAGGAGAAGGGAGGUGAGGGGGAGUGUUUUUUGAGGCUGGAGGAGGUCGUGGAGGCGACAGGGGGUUAUGGGGCUACGAGUACGGAGAUGGAGGUUGAGGAGCGGUUGGGGAGUGCUGGUGGGAUGAACGGGCAUGCGGCGAAUGGCAAAAUUUAG